UACAAAAGAGACUCCAGAGUGGAGUUGUCUUCUCGCGUGACGUCCUUCUUCCGGCAUCACAGUGGUAGGCUACGAGAAAGAGAACUGUCCAAGGUUCUGACACCAUGGAUGCACGUCUCGAGGGGUCCUCAUUUCCCCCUGCCAGCAGUAGUAACUGGAACACCAUGAUGAAGGAGGGUGACAGUUUUGAACCAUGUAAUGUGAUCCCAGAGUGCAGAACUCUGCUUCGAGCAUCUGAGUCCCAUGGGCUCCAGCUUCUGAAUCUGGUUAGAUCAUUUCGUGAGCGAGGACUGCUGUUUGACUUCACAUUAAAGGCCCAGGAGCACACCUUUCCCUGCCAUCGAUGUGUGUUGGCAGCUUGCAGUGAUUUCUUCAGAGCCAUGUUUGAAGUGGAUAUGCACGAGCGCAAUGAGGGCUCCGUAACCCUGGGCAACCAGUCUCCCAGAGCAGUGGGUGCCUUCCUGGACUUUGCGUACACUGGAGAAGCAGUCGUCAGUGACAACAACGUAGACAUGCUUUUCCAGCUGGCCUCCUUCCUGCAGGUGUCAGUUCUCUCCAGGGCCUGCAGUGACUUCCUCAUCAGUACCCUGGACAUCUCCAACUGUCUGUCCCUCUCGGCUCUUGCUGAGGGCUAUGGGUCAUCGUCCCUACAGCAGAAAGCAAAUGAGUUUGUGGUUCAGAACUUCCAGAGCUUCUCUUUAACACAAGACUUCCUAGAAAUUCAGGUGGAAAUGCUAGAAGCCUGCUUAAGGGACAAUGCACUGUGCGUUCCUAGUGAGGAGGCCGUGGUGAUGUCACUGUUGAGAUGGUUAGAUCACAAUCUAAAAGGGAGACGGAGACUGUUGAUAGGACUACUGUCUCUAACCCGAUUGCACCAUUUACCUGCUGCAGUGCUGACGGCUUUGCGCGACACAGAGCCUCUCCUCCGUGGCGACGAGGCCUGCGUCGCCCUGCUGUCGGAGGCACUGGGGAAGCAGACCCGGUACGGCGGCCUGCUGACCGACGCCAGGCCCGCCACCGUACGGAGCUACAUCUACACCCAGAAGACAGAGGAGAACGGCCAGACCCGGCACUCCUUCUGCUACUCCCUGGAAGCCGACCGAUGGAGGGAGGUGUCGCCGGAACCCUGCCUGGGGGGAGGGAGCCCCCUGGUGCCUGACCUACCGGGUUCACACCUGAGCAGCUUCGCUGAGAAGUUGUUUGUGACUGGCGGUUGCCGGGGUAACUGUUGCCGAGCUGUGCGCCUCCAUGUGGCUGAGCCAUUCCAUGACGCCACAGACGAGGUGUGGUGCCUCUGUCCUGUGACCGGUAGCUGCACAGCGAAGGCUGCCAUGUCGAAGCCGCGCACCAUGCACACGGCCGUGACCUGCCUGGACAGAGUGUACGUCAUCGGGGGACGGUCCCGAGGACCCAGAGGAGAGACACCCAGUCUCCUAGAGGUGGAGUACUACGACCCCCUCUCCGAGAGCUGGACUUUAGUCAGCCCUCUGCCAGCAGCCAUCUUCUACCCAGAGUCUAGCACCUGUGGCAGCAUCAUCUACACCCUGGGCUCAGAGGUGGAGAUCAGCGACUCCUUCAACCCCUCCCUUGACUGCUUCUUCAGCUACAACGCCGGGCAGGACCAGUGGAGCCGCCUGGUGGCAGAGUUCGGCCAGUUCUUCCACGCCAAGCUAAUCAAGGCCGUGUCUAUUCAUGAAACACUGCAUCUUUGUGACCUGUCCACCUAUAAGGUCUACAGCUUCUGUCCAGAGACGUGCAUCUGGAAGGGGGAAGGCUCGUUUGAGUGUGCCGGGUUCAAUGCCGGGGCGGUGGGAACAAGGGACCGAAUUUACAUCCUGGGUGGAGAAUACUCCCCUGACGAGAUCACAGAUGAUGUUCAGGUUUACCACAGUGGGCGGAGUCAGUGGGAGGAAGUGGCCCCAAUGCCCAGAGGCCUCACUGACUUUCACUGUCAGCUCCUUAGCUUCAACAGAUACAGAGACCCCUGGGGGGAGAGAGGUGAUCCAGCAUAAUGUACAGUGCAUUGCAUAACGCAUGCAUUUGUGCAUUCAUGGACGUACAUGCAAGCAUGCAAGUGGAUGUACUGUACUUCAUCCAUGUCAAAAAGCCAGUAGGUAUUCUUGCAGGGGACAUGGGCUCUCCUUAGUCUCAACAUUUCUAAGCUAGACUACCCCGCUUGAUGACCAAUUUGGAAAAAGUGAAUAAUCAGAGUAUUUAACCGAGCUGUGCCAAGAAGACUAUGGAGGAUAUCAACACUAUGCUCUCUAAGGGAGAUACACUCCAUCUUUGUUAUAGUUUCUUGUUACCUUUUUUUUUAUAGUUUACCCCAUUAUCAUGGUCCCGGGGAAAUCUAUGAUUCGUUGCUAUGUUUUAAGUACCAGAUACAUUGAGAUACUUUUCUCGUCCGUCUACUUUUUUAAGUUUGCAAUGGCAGCUGGAAUAUUUAUUGUGAUGUGUUUGUUUAUAGGGGUUUAGGUCACAUUGUGAAAUCCAUAUAAUAUGAACGGUCCCCAGAUGAGGAUUUUCUAUGCAGCCAUUUAGAACAAAAUGUAAUAGAAAAGUGAACAGCCUCUGAAUUAUUAAACUAAUGAAUGGUGGUAUGUGGAACAACUGUACAAAUUAAUUUUUAUUUUCAUUGCAAACUCAAUUUUUUUUUAUUUAUAUUGUGUUCUCAUACCCCCAGAAUUGCUCCUAAUGUUUCAGAACAUUUGAGUGAAAAAAUGUUAAGCAUAUAAGGGUCUGUAUCAAGUCCCGUAACUGUGCUGGAAUAAAAAUAAAUAAA